AUGGUGAGGGAGAUGCCUGAAGAAGGCUUGGCCAAAUUGAAGGUAAUUCAGCAGUCUGAAGAUGAUGAGACCAAUCAGACUUAUGUCAUUGAAGGGGAGGACCACACCCUUGGGAAUGCACUUCGAUGGAUGAUAAUGAAAAAUCCUGAAGUUGAGUUCUGUGGAUAUACAAUCCCUCACCCCUCAGAGGAGAAGAUUCACCUCCGCAUCCAGACUUUGUCAGGGACUGCACUGGAUUCUUUAGAAACAGGUCUGAAAGAUUUGUCCAAGCUCUUUGAGCAUGUUCUUGAUAAAUUUGAAGGUGCUGUGAAGGAAUUAAAAAAUGGUGUUACUGAAGGGAAAAGCAGCCCAUGA